CAAAACCCGCGUUGAAGAAGCCAAAAAGACACUCGCACAGCUUGGACGAACGAACGAACGGAACGGCUUAGUUUCUCCAAGAAUAGAUUUAUGAGUUAAGCAAGGAUUGAACUUCCUUACUGCAAAAUUUUCUGGGUCUAAUAAGAUUUUCUUGAAAGGAGAGGUCUCUGUUGUUUUGUUAAACUGGUUCGAGAGAUGGCUUCAUCAAAUUCGCUACUUGAGGUUCACUUCUUGCAUAUGCCAAGUUUGUCUCCAAAGCAGACGAGUCUCUGUUUGUUGAAUCCUUUAUCUUGCAGAAAGAUGUCUUCUUUAGAUUGGAAGCAAGAAAUUGUGUUGAAAAAGGAUGUUUAUAUGAUGAGAUGCCAGGGCGUGCUCAAUGGUGUGUGCAUCGACCAUGUAAAUGAUGUUACUGAGAGAAGCUCAGAGUUCCAUCACUACGGUGUCGGUACUAACUUGAGAGCAAGAGAGAAACCGAGGAAGCAUUUAGGUUCUUCGAGUUUAUCGUCUGAUGGACCAAUUACGGAGAACGACCAAGAGACAAACAAUGAGAUCCUUCAUAACCUAUGCAGCAAUGGGAAGUUAACAGACGCUUGCAAACUUGUCGAGGUGAUGGCACGUCAUAAUCAGGUUCCUCAUUUUCCUUCUUGCUCAAACUUAGUCCGCGGACUAGCUAGAAUUGAUCAGCUGGAUAAAGCAAUGGGUAUCUUGAGAAUAAUGGUAAUGUCUGGUGGGGUUCCAGACACUAUUACCUAUAACAUGAUCAUCGGAAAUCUUUGCAAGAAAGGACAUAUAAGAUCUGCCUUGGUCCUCUUAGAAGACAUGAGCUUGAGUGGGAGCCCUCCGGAUGUGAUUACCUAUAAUACAGUGAUUCGGUGUAUGUUUGAUCAUGGGAAGGCUGAGCAAGCCAUCAGGUUUUGGAAGGAACAACUGCGGAAUGGUUGCCCUCCAUACAUGAUUACAUACACGGUUUUGGUUGAGCUCGUGUGCAGGUACUGUGGAAGUGCUCGAGCUAUGGAAGUUUUAGAAGACAUGGCAGUGGAAGGUUGUUAUCCUGAUAUUGUCACAUAUAAUUCUCUGGUUAACUAUAAUUGCAGGCGAGGGAAUUUAGAGGAGGUGGCUUUGGUCAUUCAGCAUAUUCUAUCUCAUGGAUUGGACCUGAACACCGUAACUUACAACACUCUUCUACAUUCCCUUUGUUCUCACGAGUACUGGGAUGAAGUGGAGGAGAUUCUAAACAUCAUGUACCAGACGUCCUACUGUCCAACAGUUGUCACUUACAACAUCUUGAUUAAUGGUUUAAGCAAAGCCAGGCUUUUGAGUCGUGCAAUCGACUUCUUCUACCAGAUGCUGGAACAAAAGUGCUCACCUGACAUUGUCACUUACAAUACAGUUCUAGGAGCCAUGUCCAAAGAGGGAAUGAUAUAUGGUUUCUGCCGGGCAAACUUAGUUGAAGAUGCCAGUCAAGUUUUAAAGGAGACGAGCAAUAGAGGGAAUGGGAUCAGAGGUAGCACUUACAAGUUGGUGAUCCAAGGGCUAUGCAAGAAUAAAGAGAUGGAAAUGGCAAUAGAGGUUGUUGAGAUAAUGCUAACAAGUGGAUGUAAGCCAGAUGAGACAAUAUAUACCUCAAUAGUUAAAGGCGUAGAGGAGAUGGGAAUGGGAAGUGAGGCUGAUCAGUUGCAGAAGAAGCUGAAGCAGUGGAAACUGUCGAGGGAAGUGUAGGAAAUGUAAUUGACGCCGCCUAUUAAGCCUUUUGUACAGGGAAUCAGUUUUGUAAGGCAACGGUUGAAUCAGAAAGCUUAGGCCUCUCUGUUUGCUCAAAAUUAAGUUUCAGUUUCUUCUAGUCACUCUUUUGCUCUUCCUUUGAUUGGAUAAUAUCCAAAGCAGCAAUAUUGAGACAUCCUUUUGUUUUCCCAGAUUUUAUAUGUAGCAAAAUUACCCAGCC